AUGGGUGCCCACCUCUCUGUCAAAGGCCUGAGCAUGGAUAUCAACAUGGGAGCUUUAGCCAGCACCAACAAUGGUUCUGCAGCUGCUGCCUUUGUGACACUGAAUGGGAUGGAAAACCUUCUUAGUCAUCAAUACUUCAAAUCAGAGAACAAGACGGAGAUGUUUUCCGAUGUUUUCACUGCCAUAUUACCCAAAACAAUCAACACCAACCUCACAGAGCCUGUCAACUUCACCAUCUUCCACAAGAAAGUACCCGAAUCAGGAAUUACCACCUGUGUGUACUGGGACAACAAAAGCAUAAACGAUGAAGAGAGGCUGGAGGAUGAUGGAGGAGAAGGUGGAGAGACCUUUCGUUGGUCGGUAGAGGGCUGCUGGGUUGCAUACUCAGAUGAAAACUACACGGUUUGCAGCUGCUCUCACCUUUCUACCUUUGCCCUCAUCAUGCAGAUUGGGGAGCCUCCACCACAAAGUGAUUUCUUAGAGUGGUUGAACCGGAUGUGUGUGAUUGUCAGACUGUUCUUCUUUGCGUUGGCCAUCUUCACCUUCCUCCUGUGCAGCUGGAACCCCAAAAUCAACAACACAGCUCGUCUUCACCUCUGCCUCAACCUCGGCUCGUCUCAUCUGCUACUACUGUGGAACGACAGAUAUCUGGAAGACGAGCUGGCCUGCACUGUCAUGGCAGGACUUCUCCACUUCUUAGUUGUUGCCAGCUUUGUGUGGAUGCUGCUGGAGGCCCUGCAGCUUCAUCUGCUGGUCCGAAGGCUCUCCAAGGUGCAGGUCAUCCAGAGAGACGGUCUCCCCAGGCCACUGCUCUACCUGAUUGGCUACGGAGUUCCGUUUGUGAUUGUGGGCGUUUCUGCGCUGGUGUAUUCUGACGGAUAUGGUGCUACUGAAGCAAAGGUCCCUACCACAGUGGUGUCAUCAGAGGUGGGCAGAGUAGCCAAGAAUUGCACUGAAGUCCUCUUCAUCAUCCUCAACUCCCAGCAGGGCACCUGUCUUUACAUCGUACACUGUCUGCUCAAUAAGGAGGUGCAAGAGGAGUACAGAAAAUGGCUGAAGUGCUCCUGCAGAGAAGACAGAAUUGUGCAGAAGGAUGCACCUUCAGUCUCUGAGGACUUGGACAAACCCAAGGAACAGAGAACUGAGAAAUGAAAGGAUGAUGAGUAAUCCUGAUGAGGUGAAAACAGGGAGAGGAGAGACAGAAAGGAGACAAAACCAUCUCUAGCAAUUUAGCAUUUUUGCUUUUAAUAAAUUCCACUUUAGUGCAUGUAGACGGUUUAUCCACAUGAGCCUCUACAGCUGGUGUGUUUUAUUGUCUUGAGGUUCUAGUUUGCUCUUGUAGGGUUGUAAGUUAAAUGGUUUUAAUUGAGUUUGAAUACAGUGAAUGCUAAAGUAAUAAUUCUACAGUAACCAUCACAAGAUUAAGUUUUACUAUUUGUGCAAUAUAAUAUUACAACAGUUUAUAUUGUGUUAACUGCAUCGAUUCCUGUGAUUUUGCUUAUUAUAUUUGAGAUGUCACUCGUGUAACUUCACAAAUCUGAGUUUUUAUGUUUUUUUAGUCCUUGUACAUUACUGAUUAACAUAGAACACACUGAAGGCUCAUAUUAUUAGCAGCUCUCACAGUCUUACAGGACAGCUGUGAAGAUAAUGUAGAUUUGUGAGCAUCUGAUUUGUUUGGGUGUGGAAGCUUUCCCCAACACGCUACAGCUCACACCCUCACACAGCCACCGUCUCAGAAAAACAGAUUCUCUAAAAUGUAAAAACAUUCAAGUCUCAGUUGUUUCUUCUGCUUAACAUUUGCAUUGCAUUUACCUGCCAGCUGGGACACUUUGGCGUGUGUUAAACUUUACAAGGCAAAUGUUCUCUGUCAUUUCCAUCAUCAUUUACCUCACACACUACAGAUGGGGCUUAGAAACUUUUUCAGCUUAAUUGUAGAGAUUGAAAAUAAAAACCCCACUGACAUAGUUUAGCCUAAUUUAUUUUGCAAUAUAUCUCCAUAAGACAUGGAUGUAUGCAAGAAGAGAAAACUGCUUACUGCUGUUUAUCAUCUUUGGAAAGCACCAGUGAUGUGUCACCUUCACUUUUAAAUCUCCUGUGUCCUUGGAAUAGAAAAUCUGUGUACUUUUAAAGGUUUUGCUUUUGGGAAAUGCACAUUAAUCAAUAGCUGGUGGGACUUUCUUUGGAAUAUCUAAUGCUGACAUCUAUUCAAUUCAAUUUUAUUUAUAUAGCGCCAAUUACAGUCAAAUUGUCUCGAGACGCUUUACAGAACCCAUAUGCCUGAACCCCAGAGCAAGCCAAAAGGCGACAGUGGCAGGAAAACACCCUUUUAACAGGGAAAAAAACCUCGAGCAGAACCCGGCUCUAAUGUGGGGGAACCAUCUGCUGCUGGCCGGGCGGGUUGAGAGGGACAGAAGAAGUAGAGAGGUAGAGAUAGAGGGGUAGAGGUAGAGAUAGAGGGAUACAGAUAGAGGGGUAGAGAUAGAGAGGUGGGGGGUGGGACACAAGGACCAUAAAACACAGCCACACAUCUGAAGCAUCCAGCAUCCAGCUCUGGGACCAGGGACACUCAGAGAAAGGACACAGAAAGAAACAGAGUGAAUGUAAUGCAAUAAUGGUAUAUAUAGUAAAUACAUAGGUAGUUAGAGAAGGGCUCAGUGCAUCAAGAGAGGUUCCCCAGCAGUCUAGGCCUAUAGCAGCAUAACUAGGGGCAAACUAAAGGGACGUCAAGAGGGGAAGUCAGUUGUGCAAAUGAAAACACCAGCUCACCCCGUCAGGGUCACCCAGUCAGCCCUAACUAUAAGCUUUGUCAAAAAGGAAGGUUUUAAGCCUGGUCUUAAAAAUAGAGAGGGUGUCCCCCUCCCGAACCCAAACUGGGAGCUGGUUCCACAGGAGAGGCGCCUGAUAACUGAAGGCUCUGCCUCCCAUUCUACUUUUAGAGAUUCUAGGAACAACAAGUAAGCCUGCAGUCUGAGAGCGAAGAGUUCUGCUAGGGUAAACAUCUGAAUUUCUGUAUGUGUUGCUCUUUGCCUGUUCUCAUAAAUUCUGAAAAUAAAUGAAUGAUGUAUA